AUGCCCCCGAGAAUAGGGACACCCAUCAGGCGCACACAGCCGCCCCCGCCCCCGCCAAUACCCGCCGCCCUCCCCCCGCCGCCUCUCAUCCCCACCGCCCUCCUCGCCCCCAACGAACAACGCCUCUUCCUCGUCGCACUCGUAGGGCUCGUAGAAAUCACAAAACUCUGGGACACAUUCCUCCCCCUCUUUGUCACAGAUCCAGACCCCACAUGGACCACCUCCCUACGCAUCAGUGGCCCUGUCACCGUCCUCGCAUGGACAGGCUUCGAAGUCCUUGCUCUCUACUUUAUAUCGCUCUUGCGGAUACCCCUCUUAUCCCCGAGCUUUAAACAGACGACAUUACUGGGAGCUAUUUGUCUGGCAAUCAAUGGACUUUGCUGGCUCAUUGUAGAGCCGAGUACAACGCUCGGGUACGUCAAUGUGGUCGGUACGGCGGCCUUGGGCGGAGAGUGGUAUUGGAACUGGUUCUACGCCUCUCGAAAGUGGUCCGAACCGAAACAUAUCCAAGGCGUACACAAGAUUCGACUGCUCCCCUAUUCGACGGCGACUUUGAACCCUCUACUGUUGACAUACUGCAUCCCUCCAGACAGCCACCAGCCUCUUCACGUCCCCAUCGUAUUCAACAACUCUAUUCCCGAAUUGCUCGACAUUGUCGUCCACCCCCUCUCUGGCGGUGCACCUCAGACCAAAACUAUCUACGGCUCAAGCCUCACCCGUUCUCCCGCAAGAGCAGUCAAGCUAAGGAUCACAGACGGCACUGGGGACGACGACGAUGAAGCGGAAGAGCUCGAGCCAGAGAUCGACCCCCUGAGCGCGCUGGUGCUCCAAUCGGGCAAAAAGAUUGUGGGGCACCCGAGAGAUAUCGACCCGGCCUCUGUACCGAGUGUCAAACCUGCCGACUCGCUCGCCCUCAUCCCGCGCAACCUCGCCCCGACCGAAAACGUCCUGUUCCUCAAAGUCGACCAGCCGUCCGUCAUUACCCUCCGAAACGUCGUCGACAAGCGCGGCGACCGCUUCCACCUCACCCCCCGUCGAGAGGCCGUCAUCGUCAGCUGCCCCAGCGGAGGUAAAUUCGUCGAACAAGCCAAAGGCGGCAAGCUGGUGCUCAAAAACGACAAGGACCAGGCCCCCGAGCUGCGCUGUGUUGGCGAUGAGGAUGUGGUGACAUUCGAGGCUACGGGUGUAUCCCCGCUCGAAGUCAAGUGGGAGAAGAAGCGAACCAACGCGAAUGGAAACACUGCAGUGGAAAAGACUGGCACCGUCGAGGGGAUUGAAGAUACCCUCUUCUCCGACUCUGCCGAUCCUACCACCCGCACCAGGGUGUCCAAAUCCCACCACGUCCCCCUCCGCGUCUCCCACGAUACCCCCGGGCAGUCCACGGUCCAGCUUUUAUCUGUCAAGGACGCUUUGCACAAUACCUAUACCCCUUCUGGGUAUUCGGCCCAAAAGGCAUGGAAGGUGGAGACGAAAAAGUCGGUCAAAUUUAAUUGCCAGGCGCCGUAUCAGCUGCUGCAAAAUCAGAGCGUGUCGAUCCCUAUCGAGAUCCUCGCGCCUGAUCUCAACCACCCUUCGCAAAGACUCGAACGGCCUCUCAAGUUGACAUACACCUUUACACCUACAUCCGGGGGUGAGGCCCAAGAGAGGGUGAUGGAAGUCAAGAGCAAGAAGGAAGAGCUCGUAGUGACAGAGGCGGGAAGUUAUGCUCUGGCGGCGAUUGAAGGGGAUUGUGUUGGGAGCGUGAUGGAGCCCAGUCGAUGCGAAGUGCAGGUCGUGCCCCUGCCGACUUUGGACAUGAGCGUGACUACUCUGCACGAAUGCGCGAUGGAUGUGGGUUCUACAGCACACCUCGACUUUACUGGCGCCCCACCUUUCAAGCUGGAAUAUAUCGAACAGCGAAAAGGUGGUCGACCCAGGACGAUCUCUCAGCAAUUCUCAGGCCACCACGGGAGCAUCGUCCUCCGACCCGAGCAGGAAGGGGCAUACACCUAUACGUUCACGGCUCUCAGCGACAGAAGGUAUAGGAAUAUCCAAGUCACUCAACCACCUAUCAAGCAGACUGUACACCCUCUUGCCAAUGCCGAGUUGACGGGCAAGCUCAUCAAGCCGACACUGUAUUCGUGUUCAGGCGAUGUUGUCGGGGUCGACGUCGAGGCUCGGGGUAUCCCGCCACUCCAAUUGACAUACCUCACUUCCCACGGCACCCACUCAUCCAACACCACAAUCUCCCUCUCUCUCGGCCGUACCAACCUCCAAAUCCCCGUCCCCGAGGCCCUCUCAUCAUCCAACCCCUCCGCCAGCGGCAAGUUGCACAUCAACUUGCUGAGUAUUGAGGAUGGAAACGGCUGUGUAAGAAAGUUGGAAAGCGCAAAGAGUGUGGAGGUGAAUGUGAAACGGGAGAAGCCGAGUGCGAGGUUGGCCAGUGGGGGUAGUAAGCAAGUCAGGGAGGGCGAGAUCGUCAAGGUGCCUCUGAGGUUGACUGGAGAGAGGCCUUGGAAUGUGGUUUACGAGGUGGACGGAAAGCAGCAAAAGGUCACGUUGAACGACCCCAAUGCGGCUAUCCAGCUCAAGAGCGAGGGCGUACACAAACUCGUCAAGGUCAACGACGCUACGUGCCCCGGCGAGAUCCUCGAUCCCUCCUCCACUUUCACCAUCUCCUACCUCCCUCGUCCUUCCCUCGCCAUCCUUCCAUCGUCCGCUUUGGUACUCGCCAAGAAGAGCUGGAACCACCAAGGUCUCUGCGCUGGGCAAGAAGACCAAGUUGGGCUCACAUUCGGGGGUCAAGCGCCUUUCGAGUUGACGUACCGUCUGGGCAAGGACGGCAAAGAUCUGGGGAUCAGGUACCUCAAAUCCGCGCAAGACGCUGGUGUACUUCAUCUCGAGACGGACCCUGGGACUUAUACGUACCAGUUCAUUACUCUGUCCGAUGGCAACUACCCUAGCAACGGCCUCGAUCAAAAGAUCUCGCACCAGGUCUUUGCUCGUCCCGGCGGUGGAUGGAUCAAGGGCGGUUCUAGCGGACCACUGUGUUUAGACGGCAAGCUGGAAAGCGGGGCGGUUUUGGGUUUGAGGGGCAAGGGCCCUUGGCAAGUCACUCUCGGCGUACGCAAACCCGCUUCCGCCAAGGUCGAUCUCUACACCAUCAACACUGCCAAACCUGAAUGGUCUCUUUCUCUUCCUGAUGUCCUCUUGAACGACAUUGGUCGGUACGAAAUUACCCUGCACGACAUUGUCGACUCUUCCUCCUGUCCCAUGGAGCUCUUGGAUGGCGGAGAAGAUGGCACUGGGUUCAGAGAUGAAACACGGAUCAGCGUCGAAGUUGUGGAGAGCGCGAGAAUCGUCGAAGUGGAUGCUCGAAAGCAAGUCUGUGUGGGAGACCACCUCGAAUUCUUACUCCAGGGCAAAGCACCUUGGACGAUCGAAUAUGCUUGGCUGGGCAAGGAGCAUAGGGUGACUUCUGGCGGAUCGAGGUUUUCGAGAUUCGCAGAGAAGGCGGGCAAGUUUGAAGUCAAGAGCGUCGCAUUGAGGGGUGAUCAGUGCAAGAGGCAGGUGGAGGGAAUGGUGAGGACUGUUCAUCCGUUGCCGAGUGCUAGGAUUAAGAGCGGCGAGGAUGAUUUGCGUGAAGGUGACGAACCGGCCGUCUUCCGAGUAUACUUUACCGGUACAGCACCAUUCUCGUUUACAUACACCAGAAGUGAACAGUCGGGCUCAAAGUGGAAGGUGGUCGAGACUCAGACUGUAACCGACAUCAUGGAGGACAGUUAUGCCAUCUCGAGCUCACUGCCAGGGGAUUACGAAGUGACAAGCAUUAGCGACAAGUACUGUCGGUAUCCGAGGUUGAACUAG